CAGACAGGGACUCUUUUGUUUUAAUAGGAGCAUGACAAACAUCUGCAUCGGACCGCUUUGUAUUCCCCUCCAAGCCCUCGUCCCCUUCCUUUUCAUUCUCUUCCGGAUUGGCGUGGCAUGGUUCAAAACGAACGUCCUCAAGACGCUCUCGCCCGAGGAGAAGGCGCUUGCCGAGUUGCCACCGCCCCCUGCUGUGGUCGAACGCAAGUGGGUCGACCCCUCCAUUGUUCACAUCACUGACGCUGCACAUUUGGAAAGGAUUAAAAGGGAGGCGAUGGGAGCUGGUGUACCGGUUGUGAUCGAUUUUACGGCGGGCUGGUGUGGACCUUGCCGGACUAUAGCGCCUUUAUUUGAGGAGUUGAGUCAGCAAUAUGAUGCCUGUUUCGUGAAGGUGGAUAUUGACGAAGCCGACGACGUUGCGCUUACCUACAAAGUCCGGUCCAUGCCGACCUUCGUCUUUCUGAGGAUAGUGGGGGAUCAAAUCGAAGAAGUGCGGUUUUCAGGGUGCAACAAAAUCAAGCUUGAAGGGUUGGUGAAGGCGAUGUGUGCCGCGGUGGUGAAAGGAGAAGUCAGGGAGACGAACGAGGAGAACAAGAAGAAGAAGUAGUCAGAAAGGAAAGACUGUGGUGGAAGAAUUGACAGAAUGUGAUCUUAAGGAGCGGCUGGAGGGAAAAGUACACUGGCGUGCGUG